AUGGUCAAGAGUUCAAAUGACCUUGUAAAUAAUUAUUUGAAGAAAAUUGCCGAGGGUAGUGCAAUGGUUACACAAACAAGCUCGGAAAUGGGAGAAAACUUAAUAAAAACCCGAGGAUUGAUUACGGAGGCGAUCAAUACGUACAAGGAAGAAAGAAUACAACAAGAAGAACUCAAAAAGGUAGAAGAAAAUAAAACUGCACAAAUAAUAAAGAGUCUUAACAAAUUGGAAAACAGACAGAACACCAUAGAGGCACGUAACGAAUAUACGGAGAUGCGAAAUAAGAGGAAAAACGUGACACCACCAGAAAUGGAGGCGCUAUCAAAAAAGACGCGCACUACUAAUAAAGAGAUCAGAGCGAAACCGAUGAUUAGGAGUAUCCAAAUUAUAGGAAGAAAAAAUGAAGAAGCCUCCUCGGAGUCGGAAUGGGAAAUGGUAGGUCCAAAGAGAAGAAGAAAACCAAAUGAAAAGAUUGAGACACCAAGUACAGAUAAAAACGCUAAAAUAACAAAUACAGAUAACUACAGAAAAAGGAAUGCGCCAGUAAUUAAGAGAAAUGAGGCCAUUACAAUCAGCGUAAACAAAGAGCAAACAUACGCAGAAGCAACGAGAAGGCUUAAGGAAAAAAUGGGAAGAAAUGUAGAGGGUGUGAAAAGAAUCAGACACACCAGAACAGGAGACAUCCUAAUUGAAUUCGAGAAAGAGACCGAUAGCACAGAUUUUCAUAAGAAGGUCAAAGAAGCUAUGGGGGAUGAGACAACGGUAAGAAGACUCGUACCAAAGAUCACUCUCGAAAUCCUGGAUAUUGAUCCAGGUGCUGUAAAAGAUGAGAUCCUCGAAAGCGUAUCGGAAACCACUGGAGUAAAUAGAAAAAAUAUCAAAUGUAAGAAUAUUAGGAGCUCCUUUAUGGGCACUCAAGUGGCUAUCAUAGAAGGCCCCGGAGAACUGGGAUCCCUGCUUAGGGAAAACAAAAUUAAGAUUGGCUGGGUAUAUUGUAGAGUAAGACAAUUGCCCAGUAUAACUAGAUGUUUUAAAUGCCAUAAGUUUGGCCACGUAGCAACGAGGUGUGCUACGAUCGAGGGUGACGCGGACAUAUGUAGAAGAUGCGGUGAAAAUUCGCAUAAAAUGGCUGAUUGUAAAGCCGAAAGAGCAAGGUGUGUACUCUGCGUAGAAAAGGGAAUCACAGGGGCUGAACUAAACCAUAUUGCAGGAUCCCUCAGAUGUAAACAAUAUAAGGAAGCAAUAAGCGGGGCACCUAAGAUAAACAAAAUUCAGUCUUAA